AUGCCGAAGCCCACGACGACGGGGAACAUGCCGCGGCGCUGGGCCGAGACGAGCGCCAGCGUGAUCCUCACGUCGACGCCGCUGGAGUACGUCACCAGGCGCACCCGGGGCCGCCGUGGCGCCGCCUUGCUCUCCGCGGCGCUCCCCGCGGGCCGCGCCUCGCCCGCGGCCGCGGGGAGGAGGCGCGCCGCCCAGCAGGCACCGCCCAGCAGCAGCGCGGCGCCCAGGCGCGCGCGCGCCGGCCGCGGCCCCAUCGCUGGAGACGGCGGCCAGCUGCUACAGCGGCGCGCGCCUGCGACCUGCGGGCGGCCGCUGGCCGGCGGUGAUCCCCGGCAGCGGCGCGGCGGCCUCCGCUUCGGUGGGCGCGCCGCUGCUGCGGGCGGCGCGCCGGCAGCGGCGGCCACUUCGCGCGCCCGCGCCCCUGGCCAGCCCGCACUCGUGCCGCCUGAGCGGCGCCAGUGGGAUCACAACGCUUGGGUCUUGAGCCAAAGUGGCUACGGACUCUUCGGGCGUUGCUAG